AUGGAAGCUGGGGGCCAAGCCGAAAUCAGCCUCGACCAAGCCACUUGCAAGCAGGCCUUGCGUGACGUCGUAACUGCGCUGCAGCAGCCAGAGAACUUGGCAAGAGUCGAAGCCGGUCUUACACUAGCUGGCGAUGAUCCGAUGAAGCGCCUCAUGCUGCUGACACCGAUCGUGCUGGACAUCGAGAAAGAUGUUAUCGCAAAAUACGGCUUCACCGCUGACCAAGCUGGUGUGAUGCGAUUCAUGGUGAUUGUGAAACAGUAUGAAGCUGUUGACGCCGAGAUUCAGGAGCUGUCUGCUACACUGAGAGCCAAGUUUCUGCCAAGUUAG